AUGAGUACAGCUACCUUCGUUGAUAUCAUUCUCGCCAUCAUCCUGCCACCUCUUGGUGUUUUCCUCAAGUUUGGCUGUGAAGUGGAGUUUUGGAUCUGUUUGGUGCUUACUCUUUUUGGCUAUCUUCCUGGAAUUCUCUAUGCUAUUUACAUUAUCACUAAGUGA